AUGUUUCUAAUGCUCAAAAGAGAGACACUCCAAGAAUAUGCUCAAGACAUGAAAGAACUAGCACUGAAGAUAAUGGAACUUAUUGUUCUGAGCUUAGGAUUGUCCCCAAAACGAUUUCAUGAUUUCUUCAAAGAUGAAACUAGCUAUAUAAGACUCAAUCACUGUUCACCUUGUCCCAACCCUGACAUUGUCCUAGGAUGUGGUCGCCACAAGGAUUCUUUGAAUGUCCUUGGUCAAGAUGAAGUUCGUGGGCUUGAAAUGAGGCGAAAAUCUGAUGGUCAAUGGAUUUUGGUUAAGCCUUUACCUGAUGCUUAUAUUAUCAAUGUUGGAGAUGUAAUUCAUGUUUGGAGUAAUGAUGCAUAUGAGAGUGUUGAGCACAGAGUGAUACUGAACACAGAGAAGGCAAGGCUUUCAUAUCCAUUCUUUGUGUUUCCAGCACACUACACCAUGGUGGAACCAUUGAAAGAGCUCACAAAUGAUCAAAAACCUCCCAAAUAUAAACCUUACCAUUGGGGCAAGUAUUUAGCUACAAGAAAGCGUAGCAAUUUCAUGAAACUUGAUGUAGAAAACAUCCAAAUAAAUUAUUUUAAGAUUAAUUAG